AUGGAAAAGAGACACAGAUGCAAGCUCUGUUUCAGAAACUUCGCCAAUGGCAGAGCUUUAGGCGGCCACAUGAGAUCCCACAUGAUGAAAUUCUACGACGAGGCCGCCGGCCGGCCGGAAAAAAUUCAUCUCCGGCAACCGAUAAACUCAUUCUCCUCGACCUCAGUAUCUCAAACUUCAUUCCCAUCCUCGUCCUCGUCGUCAUCAUCAUCAUCAUCAUCCGAAGAAGAAGAGAUCGAGGAGAUCGAUAAGCCCAUCACGGCCGAUCACAAUUUCUACGCCGGCGGGUUUUUUCCGGUGAGAAAAAGGUCGAAGCUUGGAAAAGGAGAAGCCGGAGAGGAAGACGAAAACGAAAAGCAGUCAUCUUUGAGCUCGAUUUCCGAUACUACCCCUGAGGAGCACGUUGCCCGCUGCCUGAUCAUGCUGUCUAGGGACACGUGGACGAGGGCCGAUCUGGAAUUUCACGAUUCCGAUGGAGGGGAGGACGGAAAUAAGAUUUGGGAAAGUCCGGGGGUGGGAAAGGGAAUUAAAGGUAAAGUGAGGGGUGGAAAGUAUAGAUGCGAGGAAUGCGGCAAGGUGUUCAAGUCUUAUCAAGCGCUGGGCGGCCACCGGGCAAGCCACAAGAAGGUCAGAGUAGAGCCGCGGCUGCCCGAUCCGAACUUGGGCAGCUGCCCGAAGGCAGAGAAAUUACACGAGUGCCCUUUCUGCAGGAGGAUUUUCCCGUCCGGGCAAGCGCUCGGAGGGCACAAGCGGUCGCAUUUCGUCGGGCAGGCCGGGGCGAAUUUGGGAAAUGUCCAUAGUUCGAGCCCCGAAAAGCAAAUAAUAAAUUCGAGGGAUGAUGGGGCAGUUUUGGACAUCGAUUUGAACAUGCCGGCACCUGUGGAUGACGACGAGGGCAGCCAGGUUGCGGUCUCGGCUGUUUCGGUUUCAUGA